CAAGUAAGAAGAGUGAUGACCAUCCUUUUCCUUACUAUGGUUAUUUCAUACUUCAGUUGCAUGAAAGCUGCCCCUAUGAAAGAAGCAAGUGUCAGAGGACUAGGCAGCUUGGCUUACCCAGGUCUUCAGACCCAUGGGACUCUGGAGAGCCUAAGUGGGCCCAACACUGGUUCAAGAGGACUGACCUCAUUGGCAGACACUUUUGAACAUGUCAUAGAGGAGCUUCUAGAUGAGGAACAGGACGUCCAGCCCAGUGAGGAAAACAAGGAUGCCGACUUGUACACAUCUCGGGUUAUGCUAAGCAGUCAAGUGCCUUUGGAGCCCCCAUUGCUCUUUCUGCUUGAGGAGUACAAAAAUUACUUGGAUGCUGCAAAUAUGUCCAUGAGGGUCCGGCGCCACUCUGACCCUGCUCGCCGUGGGGAGCUAAGCGUGUGUGACAGUACAAGUGAGUGGGUAACAGCAGCAGAGAAAAAGACUGCAGUGGACAUGUCUGGUGCAACGGUUACGGUCCUGGAAAAAGUCCCAGUACCCAAAGGCCAACUGAAGCAAUACUUCUAUGAGACCAAAUGCAAUCCCAAAGGUUACACAAAAGAGGGUUGCAGGGGCAUAGACAAGAGGCACUGGAAUUCCCAGUGCCGAACUACCCAGUCUUAUGUGCGAGCUCUCACCAUGGAUAACAAAAAGAGAGUUGGCUGGCGGUUUAUAAGAAUAGACACUUCCUGUGUAUGUACAUUGACCAUUAAAAGGGGAAGAUAG